UGGGCUGAAAAUCCAAAACACCUCAACGAAAGAUGCAAGAAUACUUGGCAGAGCUGAGCUGUACUACAGUGAAGACAGAUUGGAGCUCAGCUGAUUGGAUAAACCCGAAGGGACAGAUGAAUUAAGCAGCACUCCAGACGCAGUGGGUCUCCCAUAAAGGCAGAGGACUUCAUCCCAAGGGCAGUGCAGUAUGGAAAUGGUUCCACUCUUGUAAUGAGUCGUCCUCCGCUCACCUCCCCCCUCAGCUACCUGCUCGCCACUUCAUCAAAACCACGGGCACCAAAAUGGCGAGGGAUCCAUCAACUUCCCACGCUGAGAGAUGAUGUCAUCAGCGAGGGACGUCUCCUGGGGGAUUGUUGCUGAUGGCUGACAUGGAUCAGAACCACAGAGAAGGAGUGAGCCCUGGGCUGGAUGGGACCCACCAUGCCCCCCAGUAAGAAGGCCCAGAGCCCCAGUAGUGGAGCCAGUGCCUCACAGGGCAUGAGCCCACCGUACCGGCAGGGGGACGCUGCCACAGCAGCAUCUGAGGCGGAGGCAGCCGACCUCUCCCUGUCCCUGUCCGCCUCUUUCUCCAAGGCUGAGGACGAGGAACUCACUAGCCUUUCCUGGCUCCAUGAGAGCACAGACCUCCUCAACAGCUUCAGCCACUCAGGGCUGCGUAGCGUCUCCCCUCUACAGGACCCAGACGGUCAGCACCCCCGCUCACCUUCCUCAUCUCCGUGCCCAGACGACGCCCUGCUCGGCGAUGCACACUCAGCGUACGAUUUGGCAGCGGGGGCAAACCGAAAACCACCGUAUUCUUUUAGCUGCCUGAUCUUCAUGGCCAUUGAGGAUGCGCCAAACAAACGGCUGCCCGUUAAGGAUAUCUACGGCUGGAUCCUGGAGCACUUCCCAUACUUUGCAAACGCCCCCACAGGCUGGAAGAACUCGGUGCGCCACAAUCUGUCACUGAACAAGUGCUUCAAGAAAGUGGAUAAAGACCGGAGCCAGAGCAUAGGCAAAGGCUCCCUGUGGUCCAUAGAUCCGGAGUAUAGGCACAACCUGAUCCAGGCGCUGAAGAAGACACCGUACCAUCCCUACUCGCCCGGCCUGGCCACCCCCUCCACCUCUCCACCCACCCUGCCUCCUACAUUUCACCACAGUCCUCCAUUGUGGUCGGGGAGUCCCCUCUUCAGAAAGAACGGAGGAGUUCUCCUACAAGUUCCUCGUGGUGUGAUCCAAAAUGGCGCCCGCGUCAGGAGCCAGGCCCUCUUCCCUGUGAUCAGACCCCUACCUUUAAGCCCUGUGGGGAGCAGAACCUCGGCCAUAAGAUCAUCCCUUGGAGAUUAUCUAAGCCGAGGACAGGACAGCCCAUCCUGCUACUCUCCUCCGCCCUGCAGUGAGGACCUCCAGGAUGACCACACUUACAGCACCGCAAAAUCCCCCAGCAGGCUGUGCUCCUCCCAGGUCGCGGACCCUUGCUGCCCUCUGGACGACGACGACAUCAUCGCCGUGGAGAUCCAAUCGGACGUCAAAACCGAGCCCCGGGAGAUCCCACUGGAUUCUCACGUCACCACUGCCGCCGCUGCCUACAUUUCCCAGCAGCCCCUGCGCGGACAGAGACGUAGCUCGGGGUCGGGAGCUGGGACUCUGGCAGGGAGCAGUUUGCCCUGGACCAAAAACCGAGCGCGGGGCAUUAGCGACACACUGCCGCUGAAAAAACGGCGCGCGGCGGCGGUGGAGAAGCCACCGGAGAGCGACGACGAGGAGAUGAAGGAGGCGGCAGGGUCGCUGCUUCACCUGGCGGGGGUCAGAGCCUGCCUCAACAACAUCACAAAUCGCACCGCUAAGGGCCAGAAGGAGCAGAAAGAGGCCCUGAGAAACUAAGACACACACAUAGAACAAAUACAUAGUCAUGCAAACACACAGACGCUAUACAGCUCAGAGCACGCACACACACAUUAACACACACACACACACACAUACAACAAUAGGUCAACAGGUAAAGUUACUACAGCAUUAGUCUCAAUGGACACUUCUCAUCUCCCUCUAUCUAUCUGCAGGGCAUUAGGUGAAUCCUACUUAUUUGUGGCAAUAUCAAAAAUCUAUGUUUUCCUACAUGUUCAGCAACACUAACAUCGAUGGGUAUUUCUCAUGUGUCUUUGUUGUUUUGUUGUUUAAAAAGGGGAUGAAAGCCAUAAAAAAAGCAUGUGUUGUCACUAAUUUGGAAAAGUCGAACCCGACUCAACUGAAUCACAUUGAGGGAGCGUACAAGCACGCGAGCGGAAGAUGGCUGUUUGUCUUACCUGUUUGUUUCUAUGUGAAUCUGUAGCAAUCUUGCAGUGAUGCCGGCGAGGACGGCAGGGCCCACGAGACGAGCCUGUUUAAGGAGAUGCGGAGCCCUCGCUCUCUCUGGGCGGCCCGCCGGCAUCACUCUCCUACAUCCACGAGCACAAAUGUGAGACUGUGCCAAAGAUAAGCGACCAGGUUGCUUCAUGUAGCCGCUACGACAGCUGACAAAAAAAAAAGAAGAAGGCAUAGUAGUAAAUAAGAGCUAAAGAGAAUGACCUUAAGUGUCAAAAUAAUUGUAAAACCCAAUGUGAUAUAUAUUCAUGCACUUAAGAUUAUUUUACGCCACUUAUAAUAAAAGCAUCAUGGGUUAAGACAUGGUUUAUUUCAAGAGCACUCAUAGUAUUUAAGAAUAGAUAUAUUAAAAUAAAAAAAUGGUCAUGUUUAUCACCAUAGAGAUGGAUAGUGUGCCGGGUCUGAGGCAAUAUCUCCUUCAUUUUGUUGUUGUUGUUGCAUAAUGUAAACGUCCCUGAAACCUCCCCAGUACUUCUGUCCAUAGACGUAGACACCUGGUAUAGAUAUCAUAGCUACCAGUAGCUGCCACACCUUCCUCUUCAUUUGACAAUGUCAAAGAACUAUAUACAUGAACUGUGGGUUAUAGAUUUCUGUUUGUGUCUGUUUACCCUCACUCUACCCUCAUAAAGAUAUAAGCAAUUUGUCCCGCGCGGACAACUCUGUAAAAAGGUUAGAAAAUAUUUUAUUUUUUUCCUUUCUUAAUUGAAGCAAUUUGACCUGCAGGACUUUCUCAGUUAUAUUGCAUGGGUGCUUGUAAAUAAGAUAAAAAGCAAAUCUUUUUUAUUCAAAGAACAUGUAAGAUAAACGAUGUAUUUAGCAUGAAGCAUGACUUAUUUUCAUAUAAACCUUGAUCCUAGAGGAAAGAAAAAAAGUUUUGCCGCCAAUUCUUAUACCCGUGGUUAUAUUGGAGUUUUUUUUGUUUGUUUUGUUUUUUUCUUUUUAAUUGUUUGGGUUCUUUUUGUUUUUUCUGAGCAGGCUUUCAAAGACACAUCUUCAGGGAGGGAUGUGGGAGAUCACCUUGCAAUUAGAGGCCCAUGGGUGCCACCUCUGGGCCUUGGGUUCAGGCUCUGUAGGCCAGCUGUAUCACCUCUUAUGGGUGGGCUUCCAUCUUCUUCUGCCUGUACAGUGACUUUUUUUUUGUAGGUGUUCAUUGUUAACCCCAGUGUUAUUUCAGAACACGUCUGUAGAGUGUGUGAGUUUGUGUGCCCAGGAACACACACCCUUUAACAUUGUGCCUGCCUGCCUGCCUGCCCUCAGUCCCGCGGUUGUCAUAUCUCGGACAUGUUUUGACAGAACGUUACUUGUCUUUAUUUAUAACAUUAUUGUUGGGUUUAUUUUCCCCUGUGUGUAAAUGUACACGUGUCCUUCUUUCCCAUCAGCUUUGUUCAGUGUAAAUGUUUGGACCAGAUGGGCAAAGGAAACUUUGUAGGUUUCCAGAAAGAACCAUGUCUCCAUAAAGGCUACCUGAGAGUAGAGAAGAAAAGGAAGAGGAAUGUAGGAGAGGGCAGACACAGUUAAGGUUGUUUUAUCAUUUACCUACAGUAUUUUUGACCCUUUGAUUAAAGGUAUUACUUGUGGAUGUGAAGCUUGCAAACAGUCCAUUGCAUAUUUACCUCCAGAGCCCAGUCUGGAGAUUUGAGUUUUUCUUUUUAACAUUUUUCCACUCUACAACCUGUGCAGUAGUGAGCUUUGACAUCUGUUGCAUCAGAAGUGUCGCUGCCAUUGUUGGAUGCUCUCUCCCUAAAUCUGCAAAGCAUUAAAGUAUUAAUCUUCCCUCACUUGCAGAGAUGCAUAUAAAAAAAAGCAGCUUUGUCUGAGUUUGGAGUGUAGCAGCAGAGUCACACAAGGUUUCGUUUAAGCUGAACAGACGCUCAGAGAUCGUCAGUGAGCCGAGCAGGCAAAGAAAUGCAUGUCCCAUCCACUGGUACAGUCCUCCGCCACCUGUAGCAUGCAUCACUGGCUUUGUAUUUUGUAUGGUGUCCAUGCCGGCAUAUAAAAAAAUAGGCUAAAAGGAGACACUGUCAGUGUUCUUGUUGUGUGCCAUCCGUCUCUCGUCUCAUAUCUGUCUGAGUGCUCCCGCGACCCAGGUCAAGCACUCUGCUAUAUUUGCAGUAAUAAUCCACUAUUGUGGUGACUAAUAACGUGUUCAGUUGGCAAGAGGCAUGUCGAGGGGAGAAUGUGUUGCUUUAGCAACAACAUUUUUUUGCCCCUCUGACUCACUCUGUGACAUGCAGGAAAGAUGAACCCCUGACCUGCACGUCCCGGAAAAACAAGGCAUGAAAUAAACCUGAGACAUUUUAAAGCAAAAGGAAAUACACUUCACUGCCUGAAAAGCCCCGGAAACAAGUGUUUCUUUCAAACCUGCCAAACAUAUAGUGAGACACUCUCAAACACGGAGCUGCCAUUUAUUAUUUGUUAAUGUUUUAUGCACAUUCUCAUGUUCUGUUGUGUUUCCUCUCUGACAAAAUGAUCUACAAUACUGCCAUUAUUUUCUGUGACUGUCUGAGCUGAAUAUUGGAAAGCCAUAGGUUAGGGAUGUCAAAAUGCAAAACUGUUAUUGAUCUGUGAGAUGUGAUGCAGAGUACGCCCAGGUGUUUUUUUUAAUUUUGUUUAUUUUAUUUUAUCAGUAAAUGUUCAAUUCUCUCCUUAUUGUGCAAUCAUAUUGCCAAAGAAUGAUUUCAAGACCUAUUUCAUCACUACAUGUAAAUAUCAACGUUGUCCAAUACCGUGGCAAAAAAUAUAUAAAUGUUGUUUUAUUUUGUUUUCCAUUUUCUGAAAAACUACAAUGAUGUUUAUGUGAUGUAUUGUCUUCCAGUUGGUUGCAAUAAUAAAAAA